AUGAAACGAGACAACCGGGAGCUUCAAAUGCGCCAAGAUAUUGCCGUCAUUGAAACCGUCGCCUUUUCCGUGGAAGAAGUAAGACGCGUCCUCAGUCAAAUAAGACAUGAUAAGUCUCCUGCACCCGACGGAAUUCCCGGGCUGAUACUUAAGGAGCUAUCAACGGAGCUGGCGAAGCCUCUUUCGACGCUCUUUGAGCUGUCAAUGAGAACAGGAAGGCUGCCAUCACAGUGGAAGACAGCUAACCUCGUUCCCUUACAUAAAGGCGGUAGCAGGAUGGCAGCAAGCUGUUUCAGGCCUAUUAGCCUAACCUGCCUCUCGUGCAAAACGACGGAAGCUCGAGUAAAGAGUGCCAUACAGCAAUUUUGUGAAGAAAAUAAUCACUUGCAGGAUUUCCAGCAUGGCUUCCGGAGAGGACGUUCUUGCCUCUCAAAUCUGCUAGCUUGUCUGGAGAUCUGGACCAGGGCUCUAGAAGAGGGUUUUGAGGUCGAUGUCGUGUACAUCGAUUUCCGCAAAGCUUUUGACACUGUCCCACACCAACGUCUUCUUCACAAAUUGAGCGACAUCGGCAUCCGGGGAGAUCUUCUGAACUGGAUUAGGGCGUUUCUGCUUGGUUGGAAACAACUUGUCUGUAUCGGAAAUAAUAUGUCAAAAUGGGUGAACAUGACAACUGGUGUGCCUCAGAGCUCAGUUCUGGGACCAUUGCUCUUCAUCCUUUAUGUUAACUACAACCUUCAGGAACUCGACUGCGGCAAAAUAAUGUUUGCAGACGACGUUAAGCUCUGGUAAGUCAUUAAGGGUCCGAAUGAUCAGAGGUCCCUUCAAGAUAAUCUGCACCGACUGCAAGCGUGGUCGAAGAAAUGGCUUCUAGAUUUCAAUGUGGAUAAGUGUGCCGUCCUUCAUCUCCAACCAACCAACUCUCCUUCAAAUAAGGGCCUGAGUGCAUAUCACCUGAAAGAUAUAAGGCUCCCUGCAGAAUCUUCAUAGAAGUAUCUCUGGGUUUGGAUACAGAACAACCUGAAACCAACACUGCAGUGCCACAAGGCUGCAAAAAACGCCAUGGGAGUGCAGCAUGCAAUAAAAAGGGCUUUCGUUAACUUUGACCAAGACCUUUUUUGUGAGAGUUUGCGGCACUUCUGUUCGGCCGUACUUAGAAUAUGGCAUCCAAUCUUGGCGGCCAUGGCUCGUAAAGGACAAACCUGCCUUCGAAAAAGUUCAGCGUCGUGCGACAAAGCUGGUAAACGGUUAAAACAGGCAAUCAUACACAGAAAGACUGAAUUGCCUUAAUUUAUUUCCUCUGUGUUACAGGCAGCAAAGAUGUGAUCUUAUCCUCGUCUACGAGAUAAUACACAGCUUUCGGCAUGGACUUUAAUAUGAGGACAUGCUUCAGUGGCACCUUUCUUCGUGGUCACUCGAUGAAGUUACGAAUAACAAUGUCCAGGCUGAAUCUUCGUUCUGAAUUUUUCACGCAGAGGUUAGUGGAGAAAUGAAACGAUCUCCCUCAGUCAGCUAUGGAGGCUCCGUCUCUGCAACUCUUUAAGAAACGCUUGGACGAUUAUUUGUGUCCCCUGUUUUCCCUCGACAGUCUGAAUCUGAACUAAGACCCCACGUCCCCACCAAUAUUUUCUCUGAGACAAUGCUACUCAAAUGAAUCAAGUGCUGUUUUAAUGGCGAAUAUUUUUAUUGUUCGUGUACAGUUAUUUCUAACGAGCUGACAUGUAAUCAAUAGGGUAUUCAAAGGCCUGGCCUAUUAACCUUACCAAAUAAACUGAAUAAACUAAAUAAGAAAGCUGGAGUCAUAAGAAAGUAUUUCAUAAGUCUUUUGUUUGAAAACAUCUUGCUCAGUAAAUUGGAAAAAGGCCACUUUUAUUUAUGUAAGCAGAAACUGUAGAAGGAUUCGUAUUGUGCAAAUUUUUUAGACACGGAAUUGCCUAUUAUGGAUGUGGAUUUUGUAUUAUAAAAUCAUAAAUGCUGCGGUGGAGAUGAAAUAAGAUUAAAAGCGAGGUUUUUGUGUUCAUUGUUCAGUCAUACUGUACCACCUAUUCUUGUAUAAGCAAACGGUCCAGUCCAAUGACUAGCCCCAAUUGACUGCAUAUUAAACAUAUAGGUUUGAGUUAAAAUUGUGGAAUUUUGUUAUAUUCAAAUAAUCAAGGCAUAAAACUAAGCCAGAGGUACUUGCAAAGACUACAUUGCAUUAAGUUCGUCACUUGAAAUUUAUUUUAUUAGUACUCAGUUAAAUUGAGUCUUCACUCGCUUCCGGUCAUGAUUAUAAAUCCGCACUAGGUGAAAUGUGGUAAAAUGACUCAAUAUAUGUGUGUUAACGCAUGCAAUGGUAAUCAAAAUCCUAAACUGCGUUUUCAUUUCGAAAAGAUUACUUAAGUAGCAUAUUAGAAUUGAUUACCCUGCUGCUAACUUCUAUAGUAAUUAAGCUACCGCGAGUCGCUGGCGUUUGAGUAAACUUCUUUCCGUCUGCGGGCCAGAACUACAUUCGGCUAAAAUGAAAACUGAAAAAGCAUGAAUUUUUUACACUGAAUUUACAUGCAUUUAAAAAGUUAGUUAAAUUCCCUGUAUAACAAGCAGAACAAUAUGUAUUAUUUUAUUAAUUGGGUAGGAAUAACCAGCGUCUUCUGAUUUUAUCCUCGAACAAAUAAUCUGAUCCGGUUUUCAAAAGCUUUUCACAUUUCUAAAUAAUUUUGAAUCACUUUAAACUCACCUACCGUUGCACAUGUAUUCUGGUUUUCGAAACUAAAAGCCCUAUUUUUUUCGCGCACAUGGCCUUCAGUAAUUUCAAUAAUAGAGUUGAACUUUAUUGUAAAAUUUGUAUGCUACACUGGCAAAUGCACAAACACGACCAUUUAUGAACGUGCAUUUCACGGUACUAAAAAUUUUCACAAUUAUAAACUUUGUGAAAACCGGAUUAUCCGCCUUCGUCGAGUUCAAAAUUCAAGCAGGCAUACUAUUCCACCGAAAAUUUAAGAGAUUGAAUAUUUUUAUAUUUGUUUUCCAAUAAUUAAUAUUGCAUUUUUAAGAGCGUGGAAAAUCAAUAUGAAAAAUGCUUCCAACUAAUGCGGUCAUUUUCUGUAUAGUGUGGCAUUAGUCUGCGGCCGGAGAGAACAUCGAUUAAUAUCGGGCAUUUUGUCGUAACUAAAUUGUUAUAAAAUUGUGCUUUACGAUAUUUAUAUUAAAAGCCUGCCUAGGUAAUAUUUUUGAGAUGGAAACACAUCUCAUACUUUUGGCUCACACGCGUUAAGUCAUGACACAUUAAUAUGUAAGCAGCAUUCGGCAGAGGUCAUUGACGUUGCUGCUUCUAUGACGUCCAUGUGGUUGAUUAAUGUAGGCUGAAAAAUAAUAAAUAUUUCAAAUUCCAAGGUAUGAUCCUUGUAUAAAUUUGGAUGGAAACAUCAACUGUGCACGAAGCCUCCCGAAUUGCUUCUAACAUUAAAGCGUUCUCUUUUUCUAUGGAGAUCACACCCUGCAUAUUCAAAAUGACACACACGGUAAAUCGAUCACAUGGCUGCCGAGAGAUUUCAACUGCUGGGAAGCCAGUGGGUGUGUUUUGUGAGCAGUGUAAACUGUUUGUAUGCACUUUGUCUCGAUGGUUUUAAGACCUUUAUACUUAAUUCUGUAAUUGACUGGGUAAAGAUGUGAGAUUUAUCCCGAACAUACCCGUCUGGCACAAUAUGCCUACGGGCGGAGCACAGAAAUUUGGUCUUAAUUAAGACUGACGGCGAAGAAAUAGAUGGCAGAGCUCUAGAUGUUUACAAAGAUCGCACACCAAACAAUUGGGGAUUAGAAAAAUUGCCUUCGAACUGCUCGUCGAAACUAGGCUAUCCAGUAUUAGAAAUAUUGUAAUUCCUUCCAAGGAAAAAUCGAAGCAGAUUAUGAUACGAAUGCACAGGAUAUUUUUCCGGGCAAAUAUUUAACAGGUAAUGAAGAGAGAUUUGGUGGAAUCGUCCUUCUAUGAAAAAGAGUGUUUUACAACUUCAGGAUACACGUUUGAAUUUCAUUUAUAUCCUGGUGAUAGUUUUAGUGUAUGAUUUCAUAGACAUUUUAAUGGUUAGUAUGACAGACAUCCUUUGACAUAGUUACUGAAUGACAACGUACUGGGCAUGCUCCUUUUCCUUAAUAACAGGUCUGACUAAGGUUCCAUACCCCUUCCUUAUCAUAUUACAAAAAGAUUUGUUGAGUACGUUUGUGGGGCUGGUUGCUCAAAUUGUCAGAGGACUAUGGAUGAUGCAAAAAAAUUAUAAUCUUAUUGGCCGUAUGUAACAAGGAAUUCAAGGGUUGCCGACAACUGCAAAUUGUCAUUUGAUACUGCUGAUUGCGUAAUUAGUUCACGGGAUUGACAAAACAGUAACAAUCUGGCUUUUGAUAUUACAAGUGCAAAAUGAACAUGACCAAUCCGAAUUUAGGAGACGUUUUUCUGUAGAUUUGGCUUGCGAUUCUUUUGUACAAAAUAAUUAAAGUAGAGGUGGAUUGGCGCAGUUUGACAGUAGUGACUACUAUUAACCGCCAGACGGAGGGUCUUGUUAAUUUGUCGUCUAAUUAUAACGCAUAGAGUAAAAUACUUUCUAGAAGGGAUAUUUAAAAUGCUGUUCCGUUUCAUUGUAAAGAGACAUAUAAGGGUAAUAGGACGCGGAAACAUGGCCUUACUUCAAACCAACGGUCAAGUGAUAAGUGACAGAGAUCUUGGUGUUUAGUAGGACUGUGCCUUAAACAACUGGCAGUUUGUAAUACGUUUAUUUCCACGGUAUUCUUCGGAAAUAUGUCACUAUAAUAUUCAAAAUAUCGUGAUUACUUGCAUGGGAAUUUCGGAGAAUCAGAAUAGUUAACAGGACGCAAUGUAGAUGGAAAGCGUGGAAUCAUCCCUCAUUGCUUCAAGGGUGUUGUGCAAUUUUAGGCGAUAAUGCUGGAAUAUAAUUUUUCAAAAAGCUAACUGUUUAAUGGGGCAGACAUACUUUGACAUGGUCACUUAAUAGUCAUUACCGCAUAGACACAAUCUAAAUCAACAGCGUGCUGCACAAUCUCCUUAUCCGUGAUAACAUUUUUUUGGAGACUGCGAGGCUCCAAAUCUUUUUUAUACAAGAUGAGUAUCGAAAAAGGGCAUACUGGCAAAUAAAAUUAGAAAAAUAUUCGAUCUCUGGAUAAGGUAACAGAUUUGUUGAGUACGUUUGUGAGACCGCUUGUUCAGCUUGUCGCAGGACUGUGGAUGAUGUAAAAAAACUAUAAUCUAAUUGGCCGUAUAUAACAAGGAAUUCGAGGGUUUCCGAAGACUGAGCCAAUGUUCGUCAUGUGCAUCUCAUCAUGCCUUCAAAGCUGACUGUGCCCGUUUGGACUUGCCCCUGAGAAUUCUGCACGCGCGCUCUAAUCGAUGGGCUGACUGAUGGGUACCUCAUGCGAAUGAAUUGCCUUCAGCGAUUCACUGCCUUUCCUUUCUUGGCAGUCGCCAAUAAUGCCUGUCUUCUCCUAUACGGAUCCAUGCACGACCUGACUUGUUUACAUUUCCUUACAUGGGAACUUUAACUUGCAUUUGAAGGGACUUUCAUCCAGCGGUGCCUGUUGCACCAAAUGAAUAGAACAUAGAUCAAAUUGCAACAAUGUCGCAUGACCUUUAGCAAUUUAGCUUUGCGCUCAACCACUUCCUCCAGGUGUGUCUUCGGCGAACGCUCCCCUGCGUUCCCUGGACAGCUGGUCAACUACAACGCCAUCCAGUCUCUUGCUUCAGUGGACGCAUUCAAGCGGGAUUCACCGCCACCCACUUCCAAUCGUCAUGACAUGUCGAAAUUCUAUUGCUCUUUCAUCCUGAACCUUGCAACUACACAUUUGCCUCUCACAAACCUCCUUUUGAGUCUGGAAACUUCGUUUAACCUCUACACGGACUACGCUGUUUUUUAA